GGGGUCGUGUCCCCCCAGUACAGACCCCGUGAGGGGGCUGGAGCUCUCUGUGAUAGGAGGCCCUGGAGCACGGGCAGCAAGGUCAGCAAAGUGGAUGUGGCCCCGACAUUGCUCAGCCACCUAAUCCCUGGCUGCCGGCCUGACCCCUGCCACGGGCACAGGGUGGAAGCACGCAGACCCUCUCCCCCUGCCCGGGCUGGGGGCUCCUGUGGGGCACAGCCCCCAGAGGGGUGCCAGGCUAAGCACCCCAUCAAAUGGGGAUGAGGUGGUCGCAGUGCUCCUGCUUACAACAGGGCUGAAAGCCAGGUGGGAAACUGAGGCAGGGGGCAGGCGUGCAGGGCAGGCCCUGGGCUCCGUGGCUGGCAGAGCCAUACCGCAGGAGGGAUGGAACGGGAGACGGGAGAGGAGAAGUGGGAUUUUUGGGUGGGCAGUAGUGCAGCUGUGCAUGCUGCCUACCCCGCUGCUCUCUCCCCACAGGCAGCGCCCAUGGGCAUGGGGCCAGUGCUGGCGCUGUGGGUCUGGCUGGCACUAGGGGCAGCAGGCGGGAAGGGCCCAGCGCCCGCACCCCUGGCGGGCGGGCAGCCCUUCGCCGUGGUCUGGAACAUCCCCACAGGCCGCUGCCAGCACCGCUUCGGCGUGGGGCUGCCCCUUGCCGACUACGGCAUCGUGGAGAACCGGGGCGGCCACUUCGCCGGCCAGAACAUCACCAUCUUCUACAAGAACAAGUUCGGGCUCUACCCCUACAUCUCCCCCGGGGGCGUCGCCCACAACGGGGGCAUUCCCCAGCAGGUGCCCCUCCGCGCCCAUCUCGCCCGGGUGGCGGACGACAUCCGCCUGCGCCUCCACCCCGCUUUCAGGGGCCUGGCCGUGGUGGACUGGGAGGAGUGGAGGCCCCUCUGGGCCCAGAACUGGGGGGCCAAGCGCAUCUACCGGGUGGCCUCGGUAGAGUGGGCGCGCGAACGGCACCGGGGGCCCCGGCUGGCCCGGCGGGCGUUCGAGCGGGCGGCGCAGGCCCUCAUGGAGCAGACGCUGCUGCUGGGCAGGAGCCUGUGCCCGGGGGGUCUUUGGGGCUUCUACCGCUUCCCCGACUGUUUCAAUGGCAACUGGGCCAAGGUGGCCAACUACACCGGGCGCUGCAGGCCGGCUGAGGCGCGGCGCAACAACCAGCUGGGCUGGCUCUGGGCCGCCUCGGCCGCUCUCUACCCCAGCAUCUACCUGCCGCUGCCGCUGCCGCCCGCCCUGCGCCGCCGCUACGUGCACCACCGGCUGCGCGAGGCCCUGCGCAUGGCCGCCCGCGGGGCUGCCGGCCGCCUGCCCGUGGUCGCCUACUCACGGCUCUCCUACCGCCGGUCGCCCCGCUUCCUGGAGCCGGCCGAUCUGGAGCACACGAUCGGGGAGAGCGCAGCCCUGGGGGCAGCUGGAGUCGUGCUGUGGGGGGACAUGUCUUACUCCCGCUCGGCGGAGAGCUGUGCCAGCCUACGCCGCUACCUCGUGUCCACCCUGGGUCCGUACGUGGCCAACGUGACGGCGGCAGCGCGGGCGUGCAGCCUCGAGCAGUGCCACGGCCACGGGCGCUGCGUGCGUCGGCAGCCCCGGGACCUGGGCAGCCUCCUGCACCUCGGUGCGAGCCCGUGGCUGCCCUUCCGCUGCCACUGCUACCGCGGCUGGGCCGGCCGGGGCUGUGCCCAGCAAGAGCGGCCCGACCCUGCUGCCUGCCCAGCGCCCACCCGCGCCCACAGCCUCUACAGGCACGAUGGCCUCCAGCCCCCCGACACCUGCCUGCCGCGUGGCCUCUGGGGCUGGUGAGCGGGGACCGCCCCAGCUCGAGCGGCCUGGUGCGUCCUAUGGUCUUGUUAAUUUAAAUAAAUCGGCGCAGUGCA